CAGGGAAAUGCUUGUGUGAAAUAGAUUCUGGAGGAUGUUGCGCCUUCUGCAGAGAUUAUAUCGAUUUUCCAUCAACGUGAGGAGUUUCAGCUCGAGCUAGUCGCGACACGCGACGACACAGCGAAGUGUGGCAUAAAACAGCGAUGGAGACCGUACCCGUAGCCAGCGCCGCAGUACCAGUCGGUGUACCCCAGUCGUCAGACAGCAGCAGCAGCGGCGGCAGCUGUAGUUCGACGAAAAAUAACAACACUUCCACAAGCAUUGACGUUCGGGACUGUACGACGGAGGGGCUUUCCGCUCUCCUCGAUGCGACCACCCUGAACGGCGGAAACCAUCACAAUAGCUGUUAUUAUAACGAUGCCCAUAACAAUCACGUGAGCGAUUGCUGUAGCUUGGCGGCUACGAGUAAACGUACAGCGCCGCAAACGCCCACUACUAAUGCCACUGCUACUUCUCAGUCCAAAUCGGUAGAAUGCGUGAACUUGCGUCCCCAGUCUGCUGUGGUGCCAUGUGCUCCGACAACUAGCCGAACAAAUAGUGGACUCGCCGAGCAUCGAGAGCAUCAACAACAUCAGGCGCAUAACGAUGGCACAACCUUCACAACCAUUACUGACACCACGACGGAGUCGACAACAGCGUUAACAGCAGGCAAUGAUGGUCCCACAAGUAUUCCGCCGCCGUACCCUACGAUGCCGUUCCGCGUCGACGGUAUUACGUACAUAGCGUAUGAAUCCGAGUUGCAGAUGCCAGCGAUGAUGGAGCUCUUCCAAAAGGACUUGUCCGAGCCGUACUCGAUCUACACUUACCGGUACUUUAUCCACAACUGGCCAAAGCUGUGUUUUCUUGCCAUGGACGGUGAUAAGUGCGUUGGUGCAAUCGUGUGUAAGCUAGAUGCGCACAAGAAACGCGACUCGACCGCGGCAGCGGACGCUGUUGGGGGCAGUCAACAAAGCGGCAGCGCGCACUCCCGAGUGCAGAUGAGAGGCUAUAUCGCCAUGUUGGCCGUCGAGGCGGACUAUCGCAAGCGGAAGAUCGCCUCCAAUCUUGUCUUGACAGCAAUUCGAGCGAUGGUCGCUAAUCGGGCUGAUGAAGUUGUUUUGGAAACCGAAAUUACAAAUCAACCUGCGUUGCGCCUAUACGAGAAUUUGGGUUUUGUACGUGAUAAAAGGUUGUUUCGAUACUACCUCAAUGGGGUGGACGCAUUUAGACUUAAGUUAUGGUUGCGUUGACCGGUCAUGUCGGGACAGGAAAAGCAUCAUAUGGGGUAGAGUAAUGGGAAAAAUUACGAUUAAGGAAAAUAGGCCCGAUGCAAGAUGCAAAAAAGGGGACAUUGUCAACGAGAGUUGAGCCCAAGAAACGAGUUGAGCAUGUUAACUAAUGAUGGAAAAGAGCGAGCUGAGGAACGACUGGAUGCCUAGUUAGUAUGUUAGUAUGUUUGUUGUUGGGAAUUGCCCGUUUACAGAUUGAGACCCAGCGGGCUGAGCAUGCGUGUCGUUCAGGUGUAUGUAAUGUAGGUAAGGGUAAAACUAACGUAACUGUGCAGUAAGAAGGGACAUAGAUGGGAGAGUGCAAGAUUAAGGGGGGAAGUAAGAAGGCUAGCUAAUACGAACGUGUUGGCAAGACUGAAAUCGAAUAAGAGAACAGAAAGUCGCACGUGGAAGCGUAUCUUGAAAAUGACGGAAGAGAUGGCGAACUGGUACGCAGUUUCUGUAGAAGAAGAAUGAGCUGGUACUAUCUGUAGAAUACGAGUAUGACAUGACUAGUAACACGGAGAGAGUAUAGUGGGCGACUGCUGGUUAUAACGACAAAAAUGGAAAAACAAAGAAACAAAUGAAUAAAAUGGUAAAGCUCAGAAAAUAACAAUGGUACGGAUUGAAUGAUGUAAGUGAACAACGAUGGAGGGAGCAAAGGGAAAAGAGCUGUAAAUAAAUAUUUAUACCUUAAUUUAUAAUGAAACGGACUACUGCACAUCCAGUGUAUGUGUGCUUAUUUUCAUUUAGAUAGAUAAGCGCCCAGCAGAUACAUAAACGAUGAUAGAUAAACUAGUUGUUUCUCACCUGUAGUAGAGGAAGUCAGAUGUACGAUGUAUGCUCGUGUACUAAGCUCGAAGGUAACAUUUCGCUGCACCGCUAAGAAAAACACAUUUUCCGAGGAAAAGACCUCUACUCUAAAAAUAUACGUGAUGCAUUCGAGUUCUAUUCACUUCGGUAUUUAAUGGCUCCCCCUUACGUAAUUAUUAAGCAAAAUAUUAAAAAAAAACUAUCGGACGUACACUAAAAAGUACGUAUGGAAAGAAAAUGUUCCCAUCUCGUUAAAAAAAACGAAAUUUUUCUUUAUGGGCUCGCCU